AUGACUGCUAUUUGGAAAGUGAUCAUUACUUUAGUUUUAUUGUAUGUUACUGUGGCCGAUGCCAAUCGAGCUCGUCGUCGACGACAAACUGAAAUAAAUUCGCAAGCAGCUAAUCAAAAUGCAGCUUCGAAUACAUUCAAUUCUCACACAGAUUCUCGUCAACGACAAUUACCAAAUCCUGUAAUUCUAAAUUCUCAAGGGCAACCACAACAGCAGAUUGGUCAGGGUGGCGAAGGAUUACUAAAAAAUGCAAAUUUAGGACAAAUGCAAGCCGGACGACAAUUUAAUGCCUAUCAAAAUCCUCAAUAUGGAGGACAACAACAAGGUUUAAAUUAUAAUCCAUAUGGUGGUGCAGGUGCUGGUAGUCAAUAUAAUACUGGACAAUAUGGAGCAUAUGGUCAAGGCCAAGGACCGUAUGCAAAUUAUUAUCAAAACCAAAAUCAACAAUAUCCAUAUGGAAGUCAAGGUUCAAGUAAUUACUAUUCAGGUGGAAGCAGUUACAAUCGUCCUGGCUAUGGACAGAGUGGUUAUGGACAGAGUGGUUAUGGACAGGGUGGUUAUGGACAAGGUGGUUAUGGUUUCUGGGGUGCUGGUCAAAAACAAAAUGCUAACAUUUUCAUUGUCUUUCUUUCGUCUUUCCUAGCUUUAACAAUCUAUUCGAUUACUAUAUUAAACUAG